GUGGGAUGAGGAAAAGCAUGCGAGCUAGCCAAAGAGGAAGGUUUUCUUGUUCACCAUGGAGAAAGCGCCGCGGACAUGGGUACCAUCUGACUGAACGUUCGUUUGUUUGUUUUCCGCUCCACUUUUGUGUAAUGUCCGAGACUGGCCAUACGGCAUGAUGUUCGACAAUGCCCAGGUUCAUUCUGGGCUAUCGACACGAAUGAGCCACAUUUCGAUGCAUAUGUGAAUCCUGUUCAGUGUACGACCAAACGCCUUUGAGGGAGGAAUGUCACAGCUGCACAAGAGAUGUUCUGCAAGUAGACUGUAUCAUCUGAGAGUGGACUGACAACGAGCCUUUUGCAAUCGAGCUGAUGUGUGUGAAAUACGGAGAGACCAUCACUGUCCUAAAUUUUGAGGAUCUGCGAGGAUUUCGGGCUGAGGUGGCAACAUCGCGGGGCAUUCAUUUGUGUAUGUUGACCGACUGUAGCUUUCUCCGAUCAGAAAGGAGACAGUGCGAUAAAGGCGAUCAUGAGGUUUCUCAAAACCAUCUAGCAUAAAGUCCGAUGUUCGUACUGUACUAUCAUCAAUACCACAACAUUGGUCAACACAGGAGAGCUUCGCAGUAUUUGGGUAAAUUCGGCGCCUUUAUGUCAACACAACCUCCGCCUCCGAUCAUCCCAAAAGUGUGGUGCUGAAAGGAUAGCUCACGUUGUUUCGGGAUCCGAGAAGUGAUAUCAGCCUUUUGCUUCUUAUUCUCACAGGACAGCGGUUUCUCUGAAUGGAUCAUUGUUUGGUUUGACUGCGUCAGCCUGGCUGCUAUCGAGGGCUCAUAUGGCUGUGGCACGCAAAAUCAAAACUUUGCUGACGGUUAACAUUCUGGUGUUUGUAGGUAUCAUAUUGUUCUCGGUGUACUGCCGGAUCCAAGACCGCUCCGAAGAGCUCGUCCAAGUCGGGCGAAUCUCGGAUCAAAGGUUAAGGACCAGGAAUGGAAAAGUUGUUACGAACUUGGUGGACAGGCAGUCAAUCCUGCAAAGACUCGAGAGACUUGAAGACGUGGUGUACAAUCAAUUGAAUGGUUUGGCCAAACCCAUGGGGCUGGUGGAGGGACCAGGGGGCCUUGGACAGGGAGGGGCGGCGGCCACGCUGGGGGCGGACAGUCGAGAGAUGGAGGGGAAGUACGAGGAGUACGGCUACAAUGCCCAGCUCAGCGACCACAUCUCCCUAGACAGAACCAUCCCAGACUACAGGCCCAAAAAAUGCAAGCCACUGAGCUACCCAGAUGAUCUCCCUCAGAUUGCGGUGGUGUUUAUUUUUGUGAAUGAGGCGCUAUCAGUCAUCCUGCGGUCCGUCCACAGUGUAGUCAACCAUACACCAGCUCACCUCCUCAAAGAGAUCAUUUUGGUGGAUGACAACAGCGACAGUGUGGAGUUGAAGUUCAAUCUGGACCAGUACGUUAACAAGCGCUACCCAGGCUUGGUGAAGAUCGUGAGGAACACAAAGCGGGAGGGCCUGAUCCGCGCCAGGAUACAGGGAUGGAACGCCGCCACCGCGCCAGUCGUGGGCUUCUUCGACGCGCAUGUGGAGUUCAACAGCGCUUGGGCCGAGCCCAUCCUUACUAGGGUGAGGGAAGAUCAUACGCGGAUUAUCCUCCCCGCCAUUGAUAACAUCAAGUACAACACGUUUGAGGUGCAGCAGUACGCCAACGCGGCACACGGCUACAACUGGGGCCUGUGGUGCAUGUACAUCAUCCCGCCGCAGGAGUGGCUCGACAAGGGCGAUGAAACUGCCCCCAUCAGGACACCAGCAAUGAUUGGCUGCUCCUUCGUGGUGGACAGAGAAUACUUUGGGGAAAUCGGCCUGCUCGAUCCAGGCAUGGAGGUCUACGGGGGUGAGAAUAUUGAGCUCGGGAUGAGGGUGUGGCAGUGCGGAGGGAGUAUGGAGGUUCUGCCAUGUGCUCGUGUGGCCCAUAUUGAACGCACCAAGAAGCCAUAUAAUAAUGACAUUGACUACUAUGCCAAAAGGAAUGCCUUGCGGGCCGCGGAGGUUUGGAUGGAUGAGUACAAGUCACACGUCUACAUGGCCUGGAACAUACCGAUGAAUAACCCAGGGGUGGAUUUUGGGGACGUGUCGGAGCGGAUAGCCUUGAGGAAGAAGCUCAAAUGCCGGAGCUUCCGCUGGUACUUGGAGCAUGUGUACCCUGAGAUGAGAAUCUACAACAACACUAUUACCUAUGGGGAGGUCAGAAACAGUAAAGCAAGUGGAUAUUGCUUGGACCAGGGAGCUGAAGAUGACGACAAGGCUAUACUCUACCCUUGCCAUGGCAUGUCCUCUCAGCUGGCCCGCUACUCUACUGAAGGCUUGCUGCAGCUGGGGCCCCUGGGUUCCACCACCUUCCUGCCCGACACCAAGUGUCUGGUGGACGACGGGAGGAACCGCGCUCCAAGCCUGAAAAAAUGUGAUGCUGUGUCUCGAACGUCCCAACGACUGUGGGAUUUCACACAGAAUGGCCCUAUCAUAAGCAGAGAUACUGGACGAUGUCUGGAAGUUGAAAUGGCCAAAGAUGCCAACUUUGGCUUACGGCUUGUGGUCCAGCGAUGCUCUGGACAAAAGUGGAUGAUACGCAACUGGAUUAAGCAUCCAAGACACUGAAUAGUAAUACCAAGGAGAACAUUGUUGAUGACAUUAUCACAAACAGGCAAUGAACCUCUGAUUUAAAAAAAAAAAAAAGAUACACUAUGAAUGAUGGACUCAGAUGAAGAAUGUGUGUGGUUCUCCACAGACUACAAAGACCCUUUGCCGGAGACAAAGUGCUUUUGAAAGAUCGAGUCUAAAGAUAAAAUAUGAUCAAUAAAUACAUUUUCGACAGCGCUAAGGGACCCACAGAGGAUGACCACGGUGCAAACGGCAGGUUUUGCCAUGCCCAACCUUUCUUACACCCACCUGCAAUACAUGCAAAGAGCAAAAGAGCAAACAGAUGAAAUGUUGUACUCGUGUGUAACAGGCUUAUAAAAUGGAUUGUGUAAGGGGAGUGUUUGUGCUAUGAUCACAAGGGCCAUGUCAAGGUUGGUUUAAAAAAAAAAAAGUCACCAUGUCAGCUAUAAAUAAAAAUCAUCCGGAGGUUCGACUACUGUAUAUCCAAAGUGCUAACAUGAAGAUAAUCCUAUCAAGAUCCAGCUCCCUCAAGAUUACAACUAGCCUUUUCUGGGGUUUUUUUCACCUUUUUUUCCAUUUGUUUUUUCUUUUCUUGACUUUAUCGCUUAUGCACAGAUGAGAAUCAUGUGUUCACAGGAGGAAUCAUGUGCCUUUUUCAGUCAUUAUGCUACAUUUGACUGGGGAAUGUGAACCCCUUAAGCAUGUACAAUACUUUUAAAUGAAUUACAUCUGAAUAUAAAUAUAAACAAAUGUAAAGAUGUCUUAUAAUAGUAUGUUGUAAAAUUUAAGCGGUUAUCAGUACCUCAGUAAUAAUUAUGACAAUAAAAAAGAAAGUUUUUAUCCUUUA